UGUUAAAUUGCUGAAGAUUCUAGGAUAUUAGCAAAUUACUAUUUAAAUGGCCAUCUAAAUUAAAAAAUUCCGUUUAAGCCACUUAAUUUACUAAUUGUCGUGUUUCACUUGUUAUGUGUUCGUUUAUCUCAAUACCUUAAGCAGCAACAAAUUGUUUACACAAACAAAUCGUAAACAUAUUCGGUCGACCAAACAAGCAGUAUGAGUGCCUUUCGUCGUUUUCUUCAUUGGGGUCCAAUUACAGCGCUGAGCAUCAUAAAAUGCAUUACGCUGACAACACUCUACAUGAACUCCAUGUGGUGGCCACCGAACCAGAGUUUUGGGGGCUUCGCACAUCAGGCUUUUUUCCUGCUGCUCUCCACGUUAGCCACAUUUAAUUACGUCAUGGCGACAUUAACAGGUCCCGGCCUGCUGCCAAAGAAUUGGCAGCCCAAGGUGCCCGAGGACACACAGUUUUUACAGUAUUGCAAGGAGUGUGAGGGCUACAAGGCUCCUCGCUCGCACCACUGUCGGAAAUGUGGGCGUUGCGUGAAGAAAAUGGAUCAUCAUUGUCCCUGGAUCAAUCAUUGUGUGGGUUGGGCAAAUCAUGCCUAUUUCACGUAUUUCCUGCUGUUCUCCAUUCUGGGUAGCCUGCAAGGCACGGUAGUGCUCUGCUGCGCCUUCUAUCGUGGCAUCUAUCGCUUUUACUAUUUAACACACGGACUGGAGCACUUGGCGAGCGUUCACUUCAACAUUACCAGCAUUAUUAUGUGCAUUUUGGGUAUGGGUCUGGCUAUUGGAGUCGUCAUCGGUCUAAGCAUGUUACUCUUCAUACAACUCAAAACCAUUGUGAAGAAUCAGACAGGCAUUGAAAUUUGGAUUGUAGAGAAGGCGCUAUAUCGCCGCUACAUUAACAUCGCUAAAGAUGAUUUCGUCUAUCCUUACGACUUGGGUUGGCGUCUUAACUUGCGGCAGGUUUUCAAUGACGAUUGCCAAAAGCAAGGUGACGGCAUUGAAUGGCCUGUGCUAGAGGGCUGUGAUCAAUACACUCUGACCCGUGAGCAAUUGGCACAGAAGCAGGAGAAGCGCGCCCGCACACGCACCUUUAAGUGCAUCGCACCGGUCUCCGGUCGCUGGCUGCCGAUCUUCUCUCAGGGCUGGCGCGUAUGUACGGCCGCCCCAUGCACCGACGAGCCACGCAUUCGCCUGCUGCCCGAAGAUGUGAUAAAGGUGACCCGUUUCCGAAAGCAUUGGUUAUUUGGAGAGCGUGUGCUCAGCGAUCUGGAAUUGGCGGAUAAUAAGCAGAAGCGACGAAAAGGUCAUAUACGAGGAUGGUUUCCACGCCGUUGCGCCGUUGAGCUUACAGAAAUGACGGCGACAGGCACAGGUCAAGAUUCGGAUGCAGCUGGAGAGGCGGCGCCUCCUUCUACCCGCAUCAAUGGUAGAGACGUUAAGAAUGGCAAGACACUGAAUGGACAUGGAAAACAGCAGCGACGAGAACGGGAGUCUGGAAAAAAAUAUAUGUAAAUCGCCGUUGCAGAAGGCGUGCCAUGACAAGUCUUCUUGUAAAUAGAUAGGAAACUUUAAAAAAGACUUAUUUUCUCCCCUGCCCCCUAUCAUUUCUUCUUAUAUGUGUGUACAAUCUCUUCAUUUAAUUUGUUAUAUAAAAGUAAACCAAUCCCCAAUAAAAUAAAUUGUAUGUAAUAAACGUGCACAAAA